AUGGCAUCCUUUAUGGUCCAGGACCUUCUCCGAAAGGGGUUUGCAGGAUCCUUUUCAGGUAAAAAGCUCCAAGAAAAAUAUCUCACAAUCAUCUCCCAUGUGUCUCGUGUUAAGUUUCGCUGCCGCUAUGGAGUGAUCACCAUCCUCACUGUGGCUGUAGUUGCACUUUUGGUUGCUUUGUUAUUGUCAGAAAAGAAAGAACAGGUCUCAAUAAAAAAAUUCUAUGCUUUUUGCCCAAAAGAUUGGAUUGGAUUUGGGAGUAAAUGUUUUUAUUUUUCUGAAGACAUGAGAAACUGGACAUUCAGCCAGACUUUCUGUAUGGCACAAGAGGCCCAUCUAGCUCAAUUUGAGAGCAAGAAGGAGCUGAGUUUCCUGAUGAGAUACAAGGGUGAUUCUGCCCACUGGAUCGGCCUGCACAGAGAGUCAACACAACACUCAUGGAGGUGGACAGACAACACUGAAUAUAACAACUUGGGUUUCAUCCGAGGAGAAGGAGAAUGUGCCUACCUGAGUGACAGAGGGAUCAGCAGUGGCAGGGACCGAACGUCUAAGAAGUGGAUUUGUAGCAAGCCCAAGAGCUAA